UUAAACAGACCAUUUUCUCCAAGGUGCCACUUCUCUUUCCCGGCAGCAGCAGCAGGCAGCUUAGUUCAUACACCUUCCCCUACCUCCCCACCACCAGCUGAGCCAGGAUGACCAGCCGCUCAAAUGAAUUCAGCAGCCUCAGCAGCAGCUCUCUCUCAUCUUGGCAGGCGUCAUGGAAUCAGAACAGGGGGAGCUCGGUGGUGACAUCCUCUGAAUACGACGGCUGCAGCAGCCCUGGUGGUCCAGCCAGCAGAAGCUUCAGCACCUCGAGUCUUGGUGGAUACACGUCUUCCCCUUGCCCAUCCGUCUUCAUCAACGAGAAGCUGUUGACGCCACUGAGCCUAGACGUGGACCCCAUGUUCCAGGAGAGGAAGAAGCAGGAGAAAGAAGAGAUGAAAAUUCUCAACAACCAAUUUGCAUCCUUAAUCGGGAAGGUCCAAUGCCUGGAGCAGCAGAACAAGAUUCUCACGAUCAGGUGGAGCUUCCUGAGAGAUCAGGACAAUUCCUGUUCCGAGUCAGACAUCAAACUCCUCUACGACCAGUACAUGAGCAAACUGAAGCAAGAGAUGAGGACUAUUGGCCACGUGAGAGAACAGCUGGAGUCCGAGUUGACUGAGGUGUUGAAGUCCAUGGAUAACAUCCGAAGCAGAUACGAGGAUGAAAUACAUAAACGGAGUGCCAUGGAAUUCACCUUCAUGGAGCUGAAAAAGGAUUUAGAUGCUGGUUCCAUGCAUAGAACUGAGCUAGAGGUAAAACUGCACGGGCUUCAAGAGUUGAUGGAGUUAAAGAAAGCCGUAUACGAGCAGGAGCUUCAGGAGCUGCUGGCCGAAAUCAAGGACAUCUCCGUCGUCAUGGAGAUCGAUAACAGAUGCAACCUUGACCUGAGCCGCAUCGUGGAGGAAGUGAGGGCGCAAUAUGAAGCCCUCGCUUUCAGGAGCUGGGAGGAGGCAGAAGCCUUUACCUGGAGCAAGCUAAACGAAGGAACCACCCACUCCGCCACAUAUAGGGACCAGCUCUUCAGCGGCCGGCGGGAGAUCGCGGAGCUGACCAUACACAUUCAGAAGCUGAGGACCUGCAUCGUGUCCCUGAAGAGCCAGUGCCUGCGUUUGGAAGAGGACAUCAAAGAGGCCGGGGGAAACGGCCAGCUUGCCCUCCGGGAUGCUGAAGCCAAGCUGGCCGAGCUAGAGGAAGCCCUGCAGAAAGGCAAGGCGGACAUGGCUGGCUUGGUGAAGGAGUAUCACGAGCAGAUGAACAUCAAGCUGGCCUUGGACGUGGAGAUCCUCACCUACAGGAAGCUGGUGGAAGGCGAGGAGAGCAGCAUGGAGUCCCCGACAUGCCCUGUCAUCAGCAGCAUCCACUCCAGCCCUAGGCAUUUUUCAUCCAUCUCCAGCUUCUUGGGGUCUUCCCAGCUGGCUUCUCGAGCGAGGGGCAAUUCUACCGACAGAGUGACCCAAAAUGGAGCGGUGGCAGAGGCCAUCCUCACCAGGAGCCAGAGCAGCGGCUCAGAAAGUCGGGAUGCAGGCGAAUGGCUCAGUGGGGCACGUCCGAAGCAUCGCUUGCUGUCUGAUGAAGAACACCGCCUUGUGGAGUCGAUCCCUGCAGAAUAGAUGCCAGAUGCAUUGGCAACUCUUCCUGAACAAGACCAGAAUGCCUCCUCCUGAAGCCCAAUUCUUGCCAAUGUCUGCGGGGCCAAGAAUGGGAAUCAACCUCAAACCAGUUCUUCCCAAAGUUUCCUUGACGCCUUCCCAACUCCAUCACUGGUUAGACGCUGGACCCCUAUCCUGGCAGAACUUUCUUUGAACGUGCCCAAUUCUCACACCAGCCCCAGCAAACUCGUCCUGAUCCUACCUCUCUGAGGUGGGGUUUGUAAGGCUUAAUUAAUUGAUGUGCUUUGAGAUCUUCAAACUGAAAGGAGAAAGUGUUAUUACUUAGGAUCCAACAAUGGUAAACUGAAGGAUAGUAACAACAUAGUGGAAGGUAGCAUGGGGGAGCCUGGUUUCUAGAGCAUUGGACUCA